GGGGACUGGUGUCUGAUGGAGGCUUGCCCUGGCUCCAGAGCCCGAGGCCCGGCCACCUUCUACGAACGUCCCUUUCCCUUGUAAACCCCGUGGGGAUGUGGCCCCGCAGGGAAGAACAUUCCCGGGUAGUUCCCUUCCCGUUCCUGGGAGACACAUCCAAGGUCACGGCUCGGAGGGAACCCACGGCUCAGGCCCAUGCCCGCCGUGUCCUGUUCCUCCUCCAGAGCCACCCAGGUUCUGACUUCCUCAGACAGCUGUCAGUCCCAAGUGCGACUCCUGUAGAAAAGGGCCUAACUGUAUGCUGAUGGUUACCCUCAAGUUUCAAACGCAUUUCAGGAGCCAGGGUCUGCCAUGUGGUGACUCCAUACACCUUUAAGAAACAACCUCUGCAUCAAUAUGUGCGAAGACCACUUUUCCCGAUGCGUGCAGCCUUGUCUAACACAGUACGAUUCAUGUUUAUUCAAACACAAGACACUCCAAAUCCCAACAGCCUAAAGUUUAUACCAGGAAAGCCGGUUCUUGAGACGAGGACCAUGGACUUCCCCACACCAGCUGCGGCCUUCCGCUCCCCCCUGGCCAGGCAGCUAUUCAGGAUUGAAGGAGUGAAAAGUGUCUUCUUCGGACCAGAUUUCAUCACAGUCACAAAGGAGAAUGAAGAAUUAGACUGGAAUUUACUGAAACCAGAUAUUUAUGCAACAAUUAUGGACUUCUUUGCAUCUGGCUUACCCCUAGUGACUGAGGAAACGCCUCCAGGAGAAGCAGUUUCUGAAGAAGAUGAUGAAGUAGUGGCAAUGAUUAAAGAACUGUUGGAUACUAGAAUACGGCCUACUGUGCAGGAGGAUGGGGGUGACGUGAUCUACAGAGGCUUUGAAGAUGGCAUCGUGCGGCUGAAACUCCAGGGCUCCUGUACCAGCUGCCCCAGCUCCAUCAUCACCCUGAAAAGCGGGAUUCAGAACAUGUUGCAGUUUUAUAUUCCAGAAGUGGAAGGUGUAGAGCAGGUGAUGGAUGAUGAAUCAGAUGAAAAAGAAGCAAACUCACCUUAAACAUCUGCAUUUCCUUUGGAUUUUACUGUACGGAGCCUGUAUUAAUCUCUGCUAUGGAAGUGGAUUAAUAAAAUGUUUCCUUCCUCCAGAUGAUAUAAAUAU